AGUUCCUAAGAAGCCAAACCCCACUUCCAUGAUGUUUACACACGGAGAGGGCAACAGACAAGAAGAGAGACGAAGAUGAAGGGUUGCUCCGCCCCAUUAUUUUAAACAAUAUUAGUGAAAAAGAAUUUAACAAAAAAAAACUAAACCACCACCACUAAAACAAUUGAUAAUAUUUAGUUAGACUCGGUUAAUUAACAUCAAAAUGACAAUCAAAUUUGGAUUAUCUUAAUAUCCCAGCUCUCUCUCUCUCUCUCUCAUCUUCCUUCCAAAUCCAAUGUUUCUGCUAUACCCACCAUUUUAAGUCAAACACAAUUAUAUCAGUCGCUUCCCUCUCCAGGACCUCUCUUUUGAUGCUCUUUUGUCACCAAGGGCUGUCGAAUCUUUAACAACUCAUAGAAGAUUGUUACAUGUUUCAAAAUUUACAAGUAUUUCAAGAGGUUAAUGUUUUUGAUCUGAUUAAAUGCAAUUGAAGAACCUAAUUUUCGUUAAUUGAUACGAAGCAGCAAGCCAAAAAUGAUAGUGUUCAUGGGAUUUAGAGUAGUUAGUUGGGUAGUUGGUGGAAGUUGAUGAGUUAAGUCUGAUUAUGAGUUUGGCAACUCAAUGGAGGAACUUCAAUUUAGGAUAAGAUGAUGAUGGAGGGAUCCGAUAACUGGAAUUCAAGACUGCUCAACCGUUUCAUCCUUUGCCUGCUCAUAUCUUUCCAAUCAGCUUGUGGUCAAGAAGGCUUUGUCAGUAUACAGUGUUGUGGUGAUUUGAAUUUUACAGAUUCAAAAACCAAUAUAAGUUGGAAAACGGACAGUGAUUGGUACCCAGAUAGAUUCACCUGCCAAGACAUAGUCAGGCCAGUGAAAAACGAUACAGGCUAUAACAAGGCUCGGUUUUUCAAUUCACGGUUUGGCAACAAAUGGUGUUAUAACUUAACAACAGUAAAGAAUCAAGAUUAUCUGAUAAGGGGUACAUUCCGUUAUGGAGAUCUGCUGGGGAUACCUCCAGGCUCCUCCUUUAAUGUUUUGAUCGGUGUUACACCGAUAGGGACCGUGAACUCAGUGUAUGAGACAGAAGUGGAGGCAAUUUUUCGAGCUACCAAUGACAACACGAACUUCUGCUUAGAGAAGGGAAAGGGAUAUCCUUACAUUUCGAAGCUUGAACUAAGGACUUUGAAUAAUUCUGAUUAUUUCCAGCUGGAGCCCUCCGGUGUUCUGAAAUUGAUUGACAGAUUUGGUGUCGGGAGUGAUGGGCAGAAGAUCAGGUAUCCAUAUGAUCUAUAUGAUCGAAUCUGGGGAAAGGAGUUGAAUCGCAGCCAAACAGCCAACCAGAUAUUAUCAUCGACCGCCAAUAUCACCAAUGCUAACAUAACAGCACCUUCUCCUCCUAUCAAAGUGCUAAAAACAGCUCUAACCCAUCCAGAUCAUUUAGAGUUCCUGCACGAUGACCUUGUUACGGAGCAGACCAAUUACAAUCUCCACCUAUACUUUCUCGAGCUCAAUGAUUCUGUUCAAGCCGGGGAAAGGGUGUUCGAUGUAUACAUCAACAAUGAGAAAAGCAAAGAGAUUGAUAUAUUGGCUGGCGAGUCUAAUUACAAAGCAGUCAUUUUGAAAUUCACUGCAAAUGGGUUUCUUAAUCUGACCUUGGUCAAGGCAUCAAAUGGGUCCCUGUUUGGCCCAAUUAUUAAUGCUUAUGAGAUCUUGCAGGUGCACCCAUGGGUUCAAGGGACUGCCCAAGCAGAUAUGGAUGCGAUUUUCGAGGUUAGGAAUGAGUUACUGGCUAGUAACCAAGACAACGAGAUCUUGAAGGCUUGGUCAGGAGACCCUUGUCUUCCUCUUCCCUGGCAUCGUCUGUAUUGUGAACCCAUCAAUAAGUCCCUAGUCAUCACUACAUUGAACCUUUCUUUCAGCAAACUCCAAGGACCGCUUCCUUGCAAUAUCACUAUGUUGACCCAUCUAAAGGAAUUGAACAUCAGCAACAACGACUUCAUUGACACCAUCCCAGAAUUCCCAGUUUCUUCCAUGUUGACAUCAGUGGAUCUAAGCCACAAUGAUCUCAUGGGGAAGAUUCCAGAAUCUCUUACCUCACUUCCAUAUUUGAGAAUAUUGUAUUUUGGAUGCAAUCCUCACUUCAGUAAAGAAAUUCCUACCAGCCUUGACAGUUCAAGACUUACAACAGACAAAGGGAUAUGUGGUUCUCAAGGAUCCUCACAUUCGGUACAGCGAAUAAUCAUAGGCACAGUUGCAGCUGGAUUGUUCUUAGUCAUGGUUGCAGUUGCAAUUUUCUUUGUUUGCUUCUACAAACAAAAAUUAAAGACUAGGGGAAAAUUCAACAGCAAAGGAAACCCAAUGACAAAGAAUGUAAUAUUUUCUAUGCCCAGCAUGGAUGAUAUUGUUGUGAAGUCAAUAUCCAUAGAGAGUUUUACUUUGGCAUCUAUAGAAACUGCCACCCAAAACUACAAAACUUUGAUAGGUGAAGGUGGCUUUGGAUCCGUUUAUCGUGGUACUCUACUUGAUGGUCAGGAAGUGGCAGUAAAGGUCCGUUCAGCCACUUCAACUCAGGGAACUCGUGAAUUUGAUAACGAGCUGAACCUGCUAUCUGCUAUUCGGCACGAAAAUUUGGUCCAGCUCCUUGGAUGCUGCUGUGAAAAUGACCAACAAAUUCUUGUUUAUCCCUUUAUGUCUAACGGCUCUCUACAGGAUCGCCUUUAUGGGGAGGCAGCAAAACGAAAAACGCUGGACUGGCCAACCAGACUUUCCAUUUCUCUCGGUGCUGCUCGAGGUUUGCUGUAUCUUCACACAUAUGCUGGGCGCUGUGUCAUACAUAGGGAUGUAAAAUCAAGCAACAUACUCCUAGAUCAUAGCAUGUGUGCCAAGGUGGCAGACUUCGGUUUUUCAAAAUAUGCUCCUCAAGAAGGGGAUAGUGGUGCUUCUCUAGAAGUAAGGGGGACAGCCGGCUACCUGGAUCCAGAGUACUAUUCUACCCAGCAUUUAUCUGCAAAAAGUGAUGUUUUCAGCUUUGGUGUUGUUCUACUUGAAAUAAUAAGUGGUCGAGAGCCUCUCAACAUCCACAGGCCACGCAAUGAAUGGAGCUUGGUUGAAUGGGCAAAACCAUAUAUAAGGAAUUCAAGAAUUGAUGAAAUUGUGGAUCCUAGCAUAAAGGGAGGGUACCAUGCAGAGGCCAUGUGGAGAGUAGUGGAGGUGGCACUAGCAUGUAUUGAGCCCUUCUCUGCUUAUCGACCAUGCAUGGCUGACAUUGUACGGGAGCUGGAGGAUGCUUUGAUCAUAGAGAACAAUGCAUCUGAAUAUAUGAAGUCCAUAGACAGCUUUGGAGGAUCUAAUCGAUUCUCCAUAGAGAGGACAUCUGUUCUUCCAGUUCCAUCGACUCCAACACCAACGGAGCCAUCACCCAUCCUUUCGCAACCAGCUCCACCACAACCCAGAUAAUUAUUUGGGUGGAUGAGGUUUCCUUUAAUUCCAAGUGAUGUUCAGUUUAGUCACAUCACAUGAUCGAUAGCAAGAAAAAGUGAGGUUGAACCCUCAAUGCUCUCUUAUAAGAUAUAUUAAAGCAACUUGACGUCGAUUCAAUUUUUCUAAGCCAAACAGACUCCAGCAACAGCUGUAAUGCUUAGGCACUAUAUUACCUAAUUUUCUCAUUAUUAUUAUACGGAGGCGAGAUCACUGAAAAUCGGUGCCUCAUGACUUGUAAUCACUUCGGGGCAGUCAGAACACACAGGCAACAGCAAUCAGUCAUCCAGUUGAGCUGAUAUUUAGAAAGAACUGAAGGUGUCACAAAUUGUAGGCCCAGCAGAAAAGAGAGAAGAAAUGAUUUCUGAAUUGUGAACUUGCAUCACUAAAGUUCAACCAAGGAAUCGAUAAACAGAUGGUACAAAAAUAUACUAGCUUUACUUGAAUGA